GCAGUCUCAGCACCAGGGAAUUCGAGAGCUCUGGAAGCAGAAGCCGGCUGCGAUUCUAUCAUGAUGAGCAGCAGUGAAGCUAAAGACUACAUUUCUAAAAGGGAAAUUCCUCUCCUGUUUGAGAGUAUGUUGACAGGCCUGAUGUACCAUCGUCCUGAGGAACCCAUUGAGUACCUGGAGAACUGCCUGAAGAAAGUCAAGGAGAUUGGUGGACUGGAGAGGGUGCGAUGGGAUACGUUCAUCGUUCAGGAGAGGCGGGCACUGCCACCUGUCGGUGGGAGCCAGGGGAGGAGAGCCAUGUAUCGAAGCGUCCUCUCUGAGAGUCACAGCCUGGCCCAUGACCGGUACGAUCGACUGCCUCCCAUUCACCAGUUCUCCAUCGAGAGCGACACAGACCUGUCGGAGACGGAUGAGCUGAUUGAGGAAUAUGUGGUCUUUGACCCCUCAAAACCCAGGCCAAGGGUCAUCCUGGUCAUCGGAGGGCCAGCCAGCGGCAAGGGGACCCAGAGCAUGAAAAUUGCGGAGCGCUAUGGAUUCACCUACAUCUCUGUGGGAGAGCUCCUGCGUGAGAAGAUGCUGCACAACGCAAGCACCAAUAGGAAGUGGGGCCUGAUAGCAAAAAUCAUCACCAACGGGGAGCUGGCACCACAGGAGACAACAAUAAGUGAGAUCAAGCAGCAGCUGAUGCAGCAUCCAGACGCUCAGGGCUUUGUGAUCGAUGGCUUCCCACGAGAGGUUUCCCAAGCGAUCUGUUUCGAUGAUCAGAUCUGUGUGCCGGACCUGGUGAUCUAUCUUGCCUGCGCCAAUUUACGGCUGAGGGAGAGGUUGGAGAAGCGAGCAGAACAAGGCAGGCCUGACAACAACCCCAAGGCCAUCCACCGGCGGCUCGCCACCUUCAAGCAAAACGCUGUCCCAUUGGUCCAGUACUACCAAGAGAAACGUCUAAUCGUAACGUUUGACGGAGACAGGGAGGAGGACGAGGUGUUUGCAGAUAUCAGGGCGACCGUGGAUGGGAAGAUCACCCCGGGCAAACAUCCAGCACCAGGUCCCAGUGUAUCUGCUCUCCCUCCGACAGCUGAAGCCAGCAUAGAAACUGAGGACAAGCCUCUGGAAGGUGGACCAGGUGAAGAACUCCUGUCAGAAAAACUGAAGGUUAUCAAAAUUAUCUUCGUGAUUGGGGGCCCCGGGUCAGGGAAAGGAAGCCAGUGUGUGAAAAUAAUGGAAAAAUACGGCUUCACACACCUGUCCACAGGGAACCUGCUGCGGAAGGAGAUCAGUAACGAAACAGAACGAGGCAAAAAGAUUAAGAAGAUAAUGGUAGACGGAGGCUUGGUGCCAUUGGGAAUAACGUUGGAGAUUCUGAAGGAUGCCAUGUUGGAAAAUCUGCAGGAGACAAAAGGCUUUAUGAUCGAUGGGUAUCCCCGAACUUUGAAACAGGCUGAAACCUUUGAGAAAUCAUUCACUCCUCCCAGCAUCGUGCUCCUCAUUGACUGCAGCCCCGAGGUCAUGAAGCAGCGCCUGAUAAACCGCGGGCAGACGAGCGGACGCUUCGAUGACAAUGAGGUGACCAUCGGCAAGCGGGUUGAAUCCUAUUUUGUUGACUCCGUUCCUGUUGUGAAACACUAUGAGAACAAAGGACUACUGAGAAAGAUCCAAGGAGAAGGAACAGAGGAAGAUGUUUUCCAGAGCAUCGUUGCCAUCAUCGAUGAACUUUAGCAGCGGAGUCUCCAGGUCACAAAAUCCCUCAGCAGCCGACCUUGGAUCAGAUUACCCACAAUUAGCGUCAAGCAUUUGUGUUCAUGGCUGCUAAGGAGGAUUAGCCAGGACCCCACCAAUAAAAUGAGAGUUAAAAC